CUGACUCAUCGUUCAUCAGUCACGUGACUCAACAAAAACCGGUUGUUGUUGAUAAUCGAGCAUUUUCAUUUCCCUUCGGCAGUCACAUUUUUUUCCAGACGUGCGGUGAAAAUUCCACUUAAAAAUGGAUGAUGAAUGGGAUUCAGAAAAUUUUGCGCCCAAACCUCCUGCCUCAGCCGCCCUUAAUGCCAACAAAUGGGAAGGAGAGGAUGAAGAUGUCAGUGUAAAAGACAGCUGGGAUGCAGAUGAUGAUGAAAAACCACCAGAUACCUCCUCAAAAUCAGCACAACUCAAGAAGAAAAAUAAAUUAACCGACAAAAUAGCGGAGAAGCAAAGGCAGGAAGAGUUAGCAAAAUCACUCGCUGAUAUGACUCCCGAAGAAGCUCAAGCAGAAAAAUUAAGAAGACAAAAGCUGCAAGAAGAAUCAGAUUUAGAAGUUGCGAAAGAUAUGUUAGGUAUUAAAGAUGUUGAUGUGGAUCAUUUCAAACCAGUUACGAAAGAUGAUUUUGUAGCAUUCGAAGAAGCCAUCAGAACUAAAAUUUUAUCACAUCGAGAUUCAGAUCACUUCUCAUUUUUCGCUGAAGAAUUAAUUAGAAACAUUUGUGUUAAUUUAAAUUCAGCAGAGUUAAAAAAAUUGAAAAUCACUGUAGAAAGUUUACAUGCCGAAAAAUCAAAAGUUGAAAAAGCAAGUGAAAAAACGAAGAAAGCAAAAGGAAAAGCUAAAGCCAGGCUCAGGAUUGAAGGAGACAACGUGAGCAAGAUGUACGAUGAAUUUUCAGCGUACACCGUGGAUGAUACAUACGAUGACUUCAUGUAAGAAUCGAAAACCGUACUGUGCAAGGUGGGCAAGCUGAUAGCUGUACGUGUGCCUGAAUUAUAUUUUAUACUUCAUGUACAGACCGUAAAGUUUUAACCAUGGAAAUUUCACUCAAAAAUUUCUAUUUAUUUUUAUUCAUUAUUAUUAAUAUUAUUACAAUUAUGUGGUUA